AUGCAUAUGAUUCCUUAUUAUUUCAUUACAAAUUAUAGGAACAUUAAAUUUUUUUUACGAAGGCUAAUAGUAAUUCCACUAUAUUCUGGAUCAUUUCAACGUGGAAAAGAUUUCGAAUCAUAUGAAAUAGGGAAUCAACCAAAUGGGUCGGAGGGAGUAAAAAACACGUGGGGAAAUAGGCGGCAAUCAAACAAGUGGAUCACCAUAUUCGUGGCAGUAGUGGUAAUUCUUAUCACCUUGGGGUGCUUCUUAUGCUUUGCAAAAUGGAUAAAACACAAAGCAGAAGCGGAUAGAAAGAAGAAGCAGAAGAUGCUCAUACAAGAACUUGGUGGUGGUAAUGUAAUACCUUCCACAGUACAUGACAAAGUGAAGAAACAGAAUAAUGAUGGUCAAGCUAGCCAGGAGCUGCAAAUUUUCAGAUUUGAAAGCAUUUCUGCUUCUACAAGUAAUUUCUCAAUUGAAAAUAAAUUAGGAGAGGAGUAA